GUAGAUCAACCCAUCCCCUCUAAUUUUCCAUAGCCAAGAACGUUGAGGCGGAAGAACUUCUACCCUUUACCCUCCUUCCUCUUCGUCUAGUAGCCCCCUUACUACUACGCCCAUCGGGGCUGUUUUGGCGAUCAGCAACGCCGGCGUUCGAUUCACGACCCACCCACAAGCUUCACGCCACCACCCACGCAAUCAAACCCCACCUGCCACCCGAUUCCUAUCAACGGCCAGCUCUCUUCGACGGCGAACCAGUUCUAUCACCUCUGUGGUGGCUUGUCCUCGGCAGCGGCGCGCUAAUCUCGGCGCCCAACUAAAUCUCUGCAAAUUUCAAUGGGAAGUGGGAGGAAGAAGAAGCGUACCGAGUAUUCAGAGCCUUCUUCAUCGUCACCGUCCUCUUCAGAUAACUCGGACAGCUCUUCUAUGCGGUCGCGCCGCCAUCGCCGCAGUGGCAGUUCAAGGAGGGAGAAGGACAAGAAGCGAGAGUCGAGGAUUAGAGAUAGGGAGAGGAAGAGAAAAGAUAGGAAUAGGGAGAGAGAUAGAAAGAUGAGAAAGAAGAAAUUGAGAAGGGAGGCCAAGAGAAAGAGGGAUGAUUAUGGAUCUGAAAGUGAUGCUGAGUCCUCACGUUCAGGGAAUUCUAGUGACAGCGAGUUUGAGAGACGGAAGUUGAGAAGUAUUGAGCCUGAAGUGGUUGUACGCGAGCUUCUGAAGGAAUUUCCUGAUGUUGGGAAUGAUUUAAAACAGCUUCUCAGUAUGAUUGAUGAUGGACAAGCUGUUGAUAUCAGUGGGAUUUCUGAAAGGACUUUGGCCAAGCGUUUAAAGAAGCUGUUCCUUUCAUUAAACCUUGAAGAAUCUCAAGAGAGGGUAUUCCUACUACCUUCCAACGGUCAUCCCACUCUAGAAGCUAUUGGACCGCUUAUUCAAACUCAUAUGGAACAAAAGAAGAACCAGUUUGACCAUUCCGUAACUCCGGAUAAUAAGUCAUCACCACCUUUGAAUACAGAAACCACACAAUCAAGCAAGGAGAAUGUGUCAGAUUUAACACACCCAGAUGGUGAAGCCACUGGUCCUAAAAGAAGGAUGCUUGGCCCUGAAAUGCCAUCAGCUGAGCUUCUUGCUGCUGCAGCAAAACUAACCGAAGCACAAACUGAGCUUAGGGAAGUUGAGUUGGAGGAAGACCAUGAAUUAUUUGUUGGGCCUCCACCACCUGCUAUGGUUGCAGAAGCUGAAACAGCCAAUGAGGCAGAACGAUUUGAAGAGGUUGCAAGAAUUAUGGAUGUUGAGGGAGAUAGUCCAUAUGACAUUUUUGGAUUGAACCGAAACCUUUCUAUUGAAAAUAUUAAGAAGAGGUAUUGGAAGAUGUCACUUUUAGUGCAUCCAGACAAAUGCUCUCAUCCUCAGGCCAACCAAGCUUUUAUUAGAUUGAAUAACGCCUUUAAGGAAUUACAAGAUCCUGAUAAGCGGAAGGCACUGGAUGACAAGAUUAAAUUCAAGGAGGAACAGGAGCAAUUUAAAGUUGAGUUAAGAGGUAUGCGUGAGGCUGCAAAAUGGAGAAAAUCACAAGGAAUAUCAAUGGAGGGUGAUGAUGAACUCCUUGCGAACAUGGAUGAUGAAGUUAAAGUAGAACCAAAAAGAGAUGAAUGGAUGACAAGCCUACCUCCUGAAAGAAAGCCUGGCAUGACUAUGCAAUCUUCUAGAUUUAGCAAGGGCUCCAAGGAAGGCCGUGGCGACACUAGUGUUUGGACAGAUACGCCUUCGGACAGAGCGCAGAAAGCGAAGACAAGUUAUUUGGAAGCAUACAACGAAGCCGCUGCACUUGCUUCAAACGAAGAAGCAAAGAAGAAUAGUUCUGAAUCCGCUUUAGUCGACAAAUAUAAUCGAGAAAAACGCUCCAAACCGCUCAUAGAGAAGCAUCGUGAAGGGGCGAGAAGCAGUGGUGGAAAGAAAAAAUCAAAGCAGCAGGUGGGAGAGAAAGAAGAAGAGUGGGUGGGAAAACAUCCAUGGAAGCCUUGGGAUCGUGAGAAGGAUUUAACUGCUGGUAGGAAGACCAUAAAUUUCGAUCCUGAGAACAUGGCUCAAGGCUUAGGCUCCAGGUUUUCUUCAGGAAGCUACCAAAGGAAUUUUCUUUAAGAUCACUUAUGUAUCUUUUGCCACUAUCUCUUACUAUGUACCAUGCUUUAUUGUACUUAAUUUUGCUAUAAAACAAAUUUCUUAUGAGUUCAA